CUUCGCAUGUUUGGCUUGAAAUCUUCACUAUAAAAUGAAAGAAUAGAAGCUCAUGAUCUCAAAACACCAAGAAAUUCGACCCAAAAGAGAAGAAAGAACAAGAAACAAAACAUGGGUGGUGAAGAAACAAAAGGUGUAGCUGAUGCAAUCGACGUCCCACACCAAACGGAGGAGAUGGGGAGUGCCGAAGCUGUCCGUUCGAUGGGUGGGAACACAUUAGUGAAAGUAGUAAUCGGUGAGAAAGUGAAAGAAGCGGUCCCCACCAAAGAAGAGAAAUGUGACACCCAAGUGGAGCCUCAGCCACAGGAAGGUGUGGCCCAGAUUGAGAAAGAAGAUAAUGAUCAGAGGUUCGGCAGCCAACCGACGGUUACGCUGAAUUCUGGUAGGAAGAUACCGUUAUUGGGGACGGGAACAGCAUCCUUCCCUAUACCGCCAAUCGAAGAUCUAAAGAAUGCGAUUCUUGAUGCUAUGGAAGUUGGGUACCGCCACUUCGACUCUGCGGCCCUCUAUCAGAGUGAAGAAGGGCUUGGAGUGGCCAUAGCUGAGGCCCUUGAAAAGGGCCUCAUCAAGAGCCGAGAUGAGCUCUUCAUCACCACUAAGCUCUGGUGUAACAACGCAUGCCCAGAGCGUGUGCUGCCGGCUAUCCGUGAAUCGCUCAGGAAGCUAAAGUUGGAGUACGUGGAUUUGUACUUGAUUCAUUUCCCAGUGAGAUUGAAGGAAGGGAUAUUGGACACGACAUGUGAGAAGGAUGAUAUCCUUCCCCUUGAUAUGAAAUCCACAUGGGAAGCCAUGGAAGAGGUCCAUAAGCUAGGCCUUGCAAAGUCCAUUGGAGUCAGCAACUUCACUUGCAAGAAGCUUACAGAUCUACUGGCCCACGCUAAGAUCCCUCCUGCUGUCAAUCAGGUGGAGAUGCACCCAGUUUGGCAGCAGAAGAAACUGAGGGACUUCUGCUCCGACAAGGGCAUCCAUGUGAGUGCGUACUCACCUCUAGGAGCCAAAGAGUGGGGUUUUGAUGUCGUUCUCGGCAAUGCAUUGAUCAACGACAUUGCUCAUGCCAAAGGAAAAAGCGUCGCCCAGAUUGCAUUGAGAUGGGGAUUCGAGCAAGGUGUGAGCUUGAUUCCGAAGAGCUUCAACAAGGGGAGGCUCAAACAGAACUUUGCGAUAUUGGACUGGCAGCUGACAGAGGAAGAGCUACAGAAAAUUGGAACAAUCCCACAGAAGAGGAUCGCAACGAUGCCAGAGUUCAUAUUUCCGGAUGGUAUGUUCAAGUCGCCUGAAGAGUUUUGGGAUGGAGAGAUGUGAGAUCUUCACUUGGGUUUUCUAUACAGACUUGGUGGCACAAUAAACAGAAAUAAGCAACCUUAUUAAGGAAAUGCAAGCCCAAAUUCCUGAAGUGAUUGUACUGUUUUAAUGUGUUUUUUCCUUGAAGUGAUUGUACUGUUUUAGUGUGUUUUAGUGGAUUUAUCUUCCACAUCGUAAUGCGUUUUUGUUGUAUUGCAUUUUCCAUUGUUUGGCUGAGUUUUCAAUCUUCUCACUGGGUUGCCUUC